GAGAUGAAAAUAUAAUUUUGAUAUAGGCGGAGGCGUGGAGCAGAUAAGUCAAUUAUUAAAGAGAGGAUUUAUUAACACUUCUUCAUCUCAACAACUUCAUCUACCUCCCUAUAAAUUCCUAGUACUACCAUUAUUCAAAAACACACAUUCACAAGCAAGAAAACAUAUAUUCAAACAAACCCCAUUUGCAAACUUUCAUCAAACCUUUAAAAACAAUGUCACCACCAUUUUCCCUCACUCUUUCUCUUCUCUUUUUCAUCCUCUUAGCACCAUUGUUACUCCUAGCUCAAUCUCCUCCCCCUUCACCUUCUAAUUCUUCGUCUGCCGCGUGCAAAGCGACAUUGUACCCGAAACUAUGUCGCUCGAUGCUAUCUACUAUCCGUUCAUCGCCUUCCGAUCCAUAUAACUAUGGAAAAUUCUCCAUAAAACAAAACCUAAAACUAACAAGAAAACUAACAAAAGUAUUUUCUGAUUUCCUCAAACGCCAUCAAUCAUCUUCAUCUUUAAACCAUGAAGAAAUUGGUGCAUUAGUUGAUUGCAAUGACCUUAACCAACUCAAUGUAGAUUACUUAGAAUCCAUUUCUAAUGAACUAAAAUCAGCUAGUACUUCAUUAUCAGAUACAGAACUUGUUGAUAAAAUUGAAAGCUAUCUUAGUGCUGUUACUACUAAUCAUUAUACUUGCUUUGAUGGUUUAGUUGUGACAAAAAGUAACAUUGCUAAUGCUCUUGCUGUUCCUUUGAAAGAUGCUACACAAUUUUAUAGUGUUUCACUUGGUUUGGUAACUGAGGCUUUGAAUAAAAACAUGAAAAGGAAUAAGACUCGCAAACAUGGUCUUCCUAAUAAGUCAUUCAAGGUUAGGCAACCACUUGAGAAGCUCAUCAAGUAUCUCCGCACAAAAUAUACUUGCAAAACAACAUCAAAUUGUACAAGUACUACAAAAACAGAAAGGAUUCUUAAAGAAAGUGAAAGCCAAGGAAUUCUAUUAAAUGAUUUUGUGAUUGUGAGUCCUUAUGGAAUAGCAAACCACACUUCCAUUGGUGAUGCUAUUGCUUCUGCACCAAAUAACACAAAGCCACAAGAUGGUUAUUUUCUUAUCUAUGUUAGAGAAGGAUACUAUGAGGAAUAUGUAAUUGUUCCUAAAGAAAAGAAGAAUAUUCUUCUAGUUGGAGAUGGUAUUAACAAGACAAUUAUCACAGGGAAUCAUAGUGUUAUUGAUGGUUGGACAACUUUCAAUUCUUCAACCUUUGCUGUUUCUGGUGAAAGAUUUAUAGCAGUGGACAUUACAUUCAAAAACACAGCUGGUCCUGAAAAACAUCAAGCAGUAGCAGUGAGAAACAACGCCGACCUCUCAACAUUCUACCGAUGCAGUUUCGAAGGAUAUCAAGACACACUUUAUGUUCACUCAUUAAGACAAUUCUAUAGAGAUUGCAAAAUCUAUGGCACGGUCGACUUCAUAUUCGGCAACGCAGCUGUAGUUUUCCAGAAUUGCAACAUCUAUGCUAGAAAACCAAUGCAAAAUCAGAAAAAUGCUGUCACAGCACAAGGUAGAACUGAUCCAAAUCAAAACACUGGAAUUUCAAUCCAAAACUGUACUAUUGAUGCUGCACCUGAUUUAGCUAAUGACUUGAAUUCGACAUCGAGUUACUUAGGUAGACCAUGGAAGAUUUAUUCAAGAACUGUUUAUAUGCAAUCAUAUAUUGGUGAUUUUGUUGAUCCUUCUGGUUGGUUAGAAUGGAAUGGAACACUUGGAUUAGACACUAUAUUUUAUGGUGAAUAUGAUAACUAUGGACCUGGUUCUAAAAUUGAUAAUAGGGUUCAAUGGCCUGGUUAUUUUCUUUUGAAUGAUACUCAAGCUUGGAAUUUCACUGUUCUUAAUUUUACUUUGGGAAAUACUUGGCUUCCUGAUACAGAUAUACCUUACACUGAAGGGUUAUUGAAGUAGAUAUAUAGUUAGUAAAAGUUUGUAUUCAAAAUAUAAGUUUUGUUAAUUUUUUUUUAGAUGUAAUGUUACUAUUUUAAAGGAACAACAUCCAAAAUGGAUGAUAAUCAAGUAUGUUCUGAUGAAAUAAACUUAGGUCAACAUGAAAAUAUGUACAAGUUUAUAGAAGCUAUAUAUUAUAAUGCAACUAGGCUUGUUCCUC